CAUGUAAUAAUUCUGUUAGAGUAAAUCUUGACUUUAUAUAUACACUACAAGAGCUUUUAUAGACACAGCCAGCCAUAGGUCCCUGUGUUCUGACUGUAUGCCCUUUUAAUGAGUCUCGGUCACCUGGUCACCUGGUCACCUGGUCACCUGGCUCCUCCUUCACAAGGCCAACUGCAGCAGCAGUGCUGGUGUAUUAGCAUCAUUACAUAACAUGUUGCAGUCUCAUGUUUCAUCUGUUACAAACAUAGACCAUACCACUGUAAUAAUAUUAUUUAACUUAAUGACAAAACAUUAUGGGAAGGCAAGCGGAGUGGUGGACGACCGGUAUUGCCAUCCCUUGCGCCCCACCGCUAGCAUGGCUAAAAUUAUACCCAACAUGAGAUACAUUUUAUUCUUCUUGAGAAUAAAAUUGUCGGAAUUAAUGCUGUCAGUUUCCAUUGCUUCCUUCACAACUUCCUGCUUUCACAAGACUUUCCAGCUCACACAGGUGGUGUUUGCUAAGUAGACCUCUCCUCAGGAAACCCUAGUCCUGUGCAAAGCAGUUAACCUCAGUGACAUGGUGGCUUGGUGGUUAGAAUUACAGCCCCCCAACCUGAAGUUGAAGAGGAAUUGAUUUAACUAAGACCUUUAGGCUUUCUGAUACACAAUGAAGCAUUAUGUUUUAGCUAAACCAAGCACCCUGAAAUGUUCUGAACAUUUAGCCGUUACUAGUUUCACUACAUGUCAUGUUGACUUGUGAUAGCAGAAAACGCACAAAUGUAACUAAUAACAAUGAUUAUGUCUCUCCUACAUUUAGCUGUGAAAUACAGUCUACCUGUAAUUUGUUUUUGUUGUGAAAUGUGUUAAUUAGGGUUAGUUAUUAGUGUUAAUUGUUAAUUAAGCUUUUCAUCUUUUUCAAUAAAUCACUAAAAAUGAUUUUUGGGUCGAAACAGGGGUGUCAUAUGUAUGAAUCUUGAACCAGAAACCUUGAACUUUUACAGUAGUAAUCACAUGAGAAUCCCUUGAAUCAAAAAGCCUUUGGAAACCACAGGGCAGUGAUGUCAUGGAAGGUCCCUCAGUGGAGUAGAAAUAGAUCGAGUGAUGAGGAAACGCAGCAGAGUCGAAGUGUGAUUGUUAUUGAGCGACAGAGAUGGAACUGAAGCUGCAGCUCAGCGUCUUCAUAUUACUCAUACAGGUUUCAGUUGCAGUGUGGCAGCGUGUGACUGUGCUAAAAGGUCAGACAGUCAACUUAAGAUGCCCAAUUACAAAUGUUCACAAGACCAAUGUGGACUGGAAGAACCCUGAAGGAUACGUUAUGUUCUUCAAUCACAAUAAAGGUAUAAAGGACAAACGCUACAGCCUCAACAAACUGUCUGAGUCAGAAUUCACCAUCAGUAUUUCCAAUGUCACCUUCAAAGAUGGAGGCACCUACACAUGCUCUGAGUAUGGCCAUCAAACAAGAGAAAACAAAGUGGAGGUGACAGUGUUAGGUUUCCCCAAAAUGACAGUAGCAAAGCAUGAAGGAAAGUUUGUCAUAAAAUGCACUGCGGAGGGGAACCACUAUCCUCCCCAGAUCUUCUGGAGAUUGAAUCACGAGCCUGAAAUUAUUCCUCUGGUCCAAGUCCUACAAGAAGAUAAAAAGUAUGUCGCAAUGCAUUUGUUAAAUCUUCAGUCAGUGAAGAACAGAGUCACUGUUAAAUGCCUUGUUCGCCAUCCAGCUCUGCACUCACGACCUCUGAUGAGUUUUGUCAAAAUUGGACACUCAACAAAGUCCCGCCGUACAACCACCAUCAGUUCACCCACCGCUCAGCCUCAGGGAGCAACACCUGGCUGGUUCAGACAUGGGAGAACAACAAUGUACCUUUCAACCAGAGACGUGAAGGGGCCUUCAUCAGAGAGCUCUGUAAAGUUAUCAGCUGUUCCCGCCACGGUUACAGCAUCCACUGGAUUUCCUCUGAACCAUGUUACAGCCACAGGGUCACAUCUCAGCAUUAGUGGCUCAACCAGGAGGAGGAAUGACACCAUCAGUAAUGCAACAAGCACAACAGGCUGGACUGUCUCUGAGACAAAAGAGGACAUCACAUUCUAUAACCAUACAGAGGGAAACAGAACAGGGAGCUUUAAUGACCCGAAGAUGCAGACAGAAACUGAAAGUUCAUCGUUACUGGUCUUACUGGUGACAUGCCUGAUCUUCGGACUUCUGGUGGUGGUCAUUUUUUUUGCCAUCAAGCUGAGGAGAGCGCACAUCACCUGGAAAAGAGUUUUUAUUGUUACAGAGAAUGAAGACUCUGAUCCAUCAGAGGACAGCAGUAAAUCAAAAUCAAGCCAGGAAGAGAGGAACUCCCAAGGACAAAGGCGAAGAGGGCUCGUCAACACGGCAUUCACACAGUAUGUUGUUGAAGAACCGACAGUGAUAACCUCAGUGAUAAACACAGCUGCAAUGGCAGCAGCAGAGAGCGUAAAUAAAGAGCAGACUUCUCAACCUCAAGCCCCGGGACUAACUUCUGCCAAGUGUGACAUAAAGGAGACAGAGCUGUAACAAUCUGUAAAAUAUCAGCAAUAUCAUCAGCACGAUUACCAUGCUCAUUGCCCACACAUUAAGCUGAUUAGCUUUUAUGCUGCAAUUGUAACAGAGACUGUAUGUUUACACAGAAAGAAUAUGGUAACUUAUAACUGUAGUACUGUACUGUAUAAAUACUGUAUAUAUUUUGUGUUCAAAUGUACCAAUAAAUUAUAUUUUGCCAGAAAAUCAUGUCAUACUUUG